AUGUGCAAGGUGCUAAUAAUUCUAUUCUUGAUUUCCAUUUCGGAACCCACAAGGGGCGGUUACAACAUAACCCAGCUUAAGUCGGUUCUUAGCAGCUUGGUUAGUCGCCCGGAGCGGGAUCAGUGGACCAACACACCCAUCUUCAUGGGACACCACACGAAAGGGAAUGAAGUCAACAGUCUAAUUGCUUGGCUACAUCAGACCAUGGGCGUUACGAGCCUAGCGAUGGAUGCAUUUCUCCAGCCCGAACAGCAGAGAUCUCUAGGCCAUUUUAAUGUGACCAAAGACAAUGCCAUAAGUUUGUUCUUCUGCCAUGGAAGCCAGGACAUCCUCUGGCAUUCCCUGGACGCCAGUCUGCGCAAGUUGCGCCGGAGCCGCUUAAUAGUCCUUUUACGCUCCCAACGUAGCGGUUCCCACAAGGCUUUAUACAACAUAUUCAAGAGGCUUUGGGGCCUUCAGUUCCUCAACGUUUUGGUCCUGCACAAGGACAACAUAUACUCCUACUCUCCGUAUCCGAAGGUGCACUUUUUUAAGCUGGACAUCCAAACGGAUCUGCUCUUUCCACCUGUUGCCAGGGACUUUCAGGGAUAUGUUGUUUCCACGCCCGUCGAGAAUGAUAUUCCGCGGGUCUUCCUCGUCCACGAUCCUGGGACGGGACGCAGGCAGAUGCGAGGCUACGCCUACCGCACAUUUGUGGAGUACUUGCGUCACCACAACGCCUCGCUAUAUGUGACGAAUUCCAAGGAGGAGCUCAAUCCCACAAACAGUGUUAAUAUGAGCAGGAUUAUGCAGCUUAUAAUGGAAGGACAGCUGGAGAUAUCAGUGCAUCCGUACAUCAAGGCCCCCGAGGACUGGAGCGACAAAAGUUAUCCCCUGGUCAUAUCUCCGAAUUGCUUGAUUGUUCCGGUGCGAAAUGAGAUACCGCGCCACAUGUACCUGCUGCGACCCUUAAGCAGCAACAGCUGGUACCUCCUGCUGGGCGGAUUGAUCUACAUAAGCUUUGUGCUCUAUUGCUUGAGUUCUGUGAGGCCAGUGGAUGGCAGCACCUGGGAGCAGCGCUUGGGACUUAGCUUUCUAGAGUCCGUCAGCCGAAUCCUGUUCAUAAGCUCGCCUAGAAGAACGUACGGGCCUUCCACGCGCUACUUUCUGGUCUCGUUCCAGCUGACUGUUUUGGGAUUCGUCAUCACCAGUUGCUAUAACAUUCAGUUGGACAGCUUCCUCACAGCUCUGGUGGUGGGUGAGCAGGUAGACAGUAUGGAUCAGUUAAUCCAGCAGCAGCAAAGGGUGCUGGUCAAGGAGUACGAAGUGAGUACAUUGCUGCGCCAUGUGGAGCCCCGCCUGGUGGACAGAGUGGCCCGGCUCUUGGUGGGUGUAAAUGCCAGUGAACAGGUGUCUGCCCUGUUGGGCUUCAAUCGCAGCUACGCUUAUCCGUUCACCUUGGAGCGGUGGCAGUUUUUUGCCAUGCAGCAGCAGUACGCUUUUAAGCCAAUCUUUCGCUUCUCUUCCGCCUGCCUGGGAUCUCCGCUCAUCAGCUACCCGAUGCGUAGUGACUGCCACUUAGAGGCGACCAUCAACAUGUUUAUCAUGAAAAUUCAGGACUCGGGCCUGCUGUAUCACUGGCUGAUCUCAGACUUUAACGAUGCCAUGCGCGCAGGGUACGUGCGACUGCUGGACAAUGUCCUUGGAUUUCAGGCCAUCGAUGUCAACACCUUGCGUCUGGGUUGGUGGGUUCUGGGCUUUGGAUGGUUGCUCUCAGUCGUGGCGUUCUUAUGCGAGUACUGGCACCCUACUUAACUUGGAUAAUAAAUUAUCAAA